UUCCCCGCUUCGCCGCGCGCGGCCUCCUCCCUCCACAGCUUAUAAUUCACCCGAUCCCAACCAAAACGCCCGAGUUCUCUCGCUCACCGAAGCAUGGCGCAGCCCAAGGCCGCCUCCGCCGCCGCGCAGCUCAGCCUCGCCGCCUCCGCCUGCAUCGCCGGAGCGGAGGCGGCGGCGAUGGUGGGUAGGGAGGGGGCGCCGGCGAUGGUGGCGGCGGCGGCGGCGGCGGCGAUGGUGGUGAUCGGGCACCGGGGGAAGGGGAUGAACGCGCUGGGGUCGGCGGACCCGCGGCUGAGGGAGGUGAAGGAAAACUCGCUCCGCUCCUUCCACGCCGCCGCCCGCGUCGCCGGCGUCUCCUACGUCGAGUUCGACGUCCAGGUGACCAAGGAUGGGUACCCGGUCAUCUUCCACGACGACUUCAUCUUCACCGAACAAGACGGCGAAAUAUGCGGGAGACGAGUGACCGAUCUUCGCUUGGACGAGUUCCUCUCUUAUGGUCCCCAAAAGGAUCAAAGCAAGGCUGGGAAGCCAUUGUUCAGGAAGCUGAACGACGGCAGGGUGCUGAGAUGGGACGUGCAGUCGGACGACGCGCUCUGCACGCUGCAGGAGGCGUUGGACGGCGUCGACCGCCGCGUCGGGUUCAACGUCGAGCUCAAGUUCGACGACGACGUCGUGUACCGGGAGAUGGAGCUCACCGGCAUCCUUCAGGCCAUUCUCAAGGUCGUCUUUGAGCAUGCCAAGGAGAGGCCAAUCUUCUUCUCCAGCUUCCAGCCCGACGCCGCGCGAAUUAUGCGCAAACUGCAAGAUAGAUACCCUGUGUACUUCCUGACGAAAGGAGGGACGCAGGUGUUCGCCGACGAGAGGCGGAACUCGCUGGAGGCUGCCGUGAAGCUGUGCGUCGCCGGCAGCCUGCGGGGGAUCGUGUCGGAGGCGCGGGCGGUGCUCCGGCAGCCGUCGGCGAUCGGCCGGAUCAAGGAGGCCGGCCUCUCCCUCCUCACCUACGGCCAGCUCAACAACGUGCCGAAGGCGGUGUACUUGCAGCAGCUGAUGGGGGUGGACGGCGUGAUCGUCGACCUGGUGGCGGAGAUCGCCGCGGCCGUGUCCGAGUUCGCCGCCGCCGCCGCCGCGGCGGUGCCGGUGCCGGAGCGUGAUUCUUCUUCUUCUUACAUGGACGGUGGUGGAGAUGUGGGGUUGCUGGAGAUGACGUCGCCGGCGGCGAGGACGACGGCGAGCUUCUCUCGGCGGGAGGACGUCUCGUUCUUGCUGAGGCUCACACCCGAGCUUGUGCAGUAGUAGCGUGAUUGAUGCUGACUGCCUUCUUGUAUAUAGCGGUGUAUAUAACUAACACUGAUGAUGUGUAACCAGUGUAAUCCCCCCUCUGUUUGAGAUACAUCUAAUGUUGUCUUGAGAGGGCUUCUAUAGGGCUACUAGAGAACGGGAUUAUGUCCAAACGGGACACUUUAAGAAAGACUGAUGUCAUCCCACGUA